UAAAAAUACCCAGUGUCCUUAUAAGCUCUGCCACGAAUCCAGUGCAGCCCAGCACAGGCCUGCACCCGGAAACUGAGAUUAGACAGCCUUGAAGUCCUCAUCCUGAGAUCCCAUGGCUCUUAGUGGUCCCUAGACCAUGGCUUUGCUACCGGCAACACACAGAGAAUGGCUUCAACACAGGGUGUAGAUGGGAGUUCUCUCUGGAGUUUUGAGGGGCCAGUGUACACUAAGGAAGAAACAGGGAAAGGGAAAGGAAGUUAUUCCUGGAGGUGGUAGAGUGAAGGGAAGCAGGCCGGUGCCAGAUAGACCCUUGCAGGAUUAGAGACCAGGGCAUAUUUUAAGGCUGAGAGCAGAAGCUGUCGGGGAGGAAGAUUGAAAGUAGGAGAAACUAACUCUUGGGGCCCUAGCACCAUGACGGCAGGACAACGGGAAGCCUCGGUUGGAAAGACCUGGCUCAGACAGCUGGAGGCAUGGAAGAGAGCAUGGCUAAGCUUGUGGGAGUUGCAAGAAUGAUACUCAUGAUUACCUAGAAUGGUGCCGUCCAGUACAGCAGCCACAAGCCACAUGCAGCUACUAAGCACUGGAAAUGAGGCUAGUGUGAGCAGAGAUGUACUGGAAAAAGUUUAAGGUGCACUGAAUUUUGAAGAUUUCGUAAAAAGAAAACCAGGGUCUGGUAUCUCAUUAAGCAUUUUGAAGAUUGAUUACACAUCAAACUGAUAUUUUAGAUUUAUUAGAUUAAAGAAAAUAUAUUAAGUUGAUUUCACUGGGUUUUACAUUUCCUAAUGAAAUUUAAAAUACUUAUGAGGCUCUUGAGGCUGGCAUGGUAUUUCUAUUGAACAAUGCCAACCUAAAAGUAUGGAAACCAAGACAAAAAAGAAAUCCCACCAGAAAAAAAUUUCUAUCUAUAACCCCAUCACCAAAAAAUAAAAACCUCUUUCUACAACCCCAAAAUCUGCCUCAUUCAGACAAGAGGUUUGGCCAAACUGAUGAAAAAAAGUGCUACACAAGCCAACUAAUUGUCAGUAGAAAUGAAAGUGUAGUAGAAAGUGUAUAAUUUGUUCUCAGACACCAUUAACAUACAGCAAUUAAUUCAGAGGUGAUGAGUGCUUCCCAUCCAUUCAUUAAGGCAGGCCCGCAAGGCCCCACAAUGGGAAAGAAAUCACCAGCCAGCAAGCAAUCCACAAGAAGCAUGUGCAAUGAGCACCCGCUAAGUUCUGGGAAAGACACAAGACAGGGAGGGGCCAAACUGGCCUUGAGAUGAUCCACACUUGAAAGGAAUGAGGAAGAAAAUGAGCCUCGGGAAAGUCAGUCCUUUCCCUGAGUCACACUGUCUUCCUCCAGACUCCCCUUGGCUCCAAUGUGCGUACGUUCCUCACCGCAUGCCUGUCUCCGCUUCCAUGACUAUGAGUGGGCAGCGAGGAAAGUUCUGGGUGUCCCCUGGCUCCUUCCUCAACAGUUCUGACAUCCAUCAGAUGUUCCUCCCUCCCCCUACCAGCCUCGACUCUGUGGUAUGUGGUUAGGGUCAUUCCCGACACACUGGCCACCUCUCUGUCCCCCAAAGAUAACAGAGCGAGCAGGGUGUUUGCUGGCCGGUAGCCUUAUCUAGGAUCAACACUGGCAGCUCCUGCAUCCGGAUUAGGCAGAGGCUUCAUGUCUUAGCAGGUGCCUGGUCACCAUAGUUGGGUCUGUGAGGGCUUCUGUUUGGCUUUCCUUUUGGGAAAGGGGCUCUGAAAAAGCUGCAAAUCUUCUCCAAGAACUCCAGAUUUGUCCACACCCAGGAGCCAAGAGAUCUAAGCUCAGGUGGCUGACAAGGGGGAAGGCCUCCUGGAAACAUGCUCACAUUCUGCUGGGGCUAAAGGAGGGAUUCCAGCCCUUAUGGCAAUCUGGCAAUGAGAGGUUUUCCAUGAAAAGGUACUUAGUCCCCCACCUUCUACUAAGGGGCUUAGUCCAGACCCUCCCGUGCCUCCACUGUCCCUAGAGACUCUACAAGGGUCCAGUGCCCCCUUUAAGUCAGGUGGCCAGUCAUUUGAUGAUCAGCCUUCUAUUGCCUUGAUAGCCUAACUGCAUCCCCUGCCCCAAUCCCACCCCUCUCACAGCAAGAUUUUUCUGGAAUCCCAGGUUUGCUGUGCAAUCAGGAUGGUCUAUCAGGGAAGACACUGACCUAGCAGCCAGGAACCUGGGAAGCCAGCAUCUGCCACUGAAGGCUGUGUGGCUUUGAGGGGACUGGGGCCUUUUUGGUGUUCAGGGUUCCUUCCAGUGAAAUCAAAGCUCAGCCUCCCAGCUCUUCAAGGUCUUCCCAACUCUUGUAUUCUACAAUCCUGUCACUCCUCUGUUCAAGAACCUUCCGGGGCCUCCCUCCUGCAGAAAACGCCCAAAUUCCUUGAGCUAGCAAGGCCUUCAAGGCCGUGUAUAACCUGACCCAGAACCAUCUUCUAGGCCUCUCCUGAUGACACCCUCCCCCCCGCCCACAGACACCCUCAUCCAAGGCAGCCAACUUUCUAAUCUUUACCCCAAACGCUCUACAUACACCCACGCCUUCUGUUCACCUUUGCUCACACCGGGUGAUGCCCUCCCUUCCUUUUUCACCUUCUGCCUGUUUCAAGGAGCCCUUCCUGAUCUCCCAGCUCUGAGCCCCUGAGCCCCAGCACGAAGAGAGUUCCUGCUCAGAAAUGCUACAAUUUCUGUGGAGGCAACUCAUUUAGCCCUUAGGAGUCACUGCCUGGGCAUCCAAUUAGAUGAAGCUCUCCAGACAGGGAAGGAUUCCCCUGUGAUGUUAAUUAACUCCUCAUCCAAGAACGUGUGACCACAGCAUACACUUGCAAAUCCCACUGGCCAGAACAGAAGGGGCAGUCAUGUGCAUGACACCUCAGAAGAUUUUCACAUCCAUCACCUCAUGUCAUCCUCAAAGCCACUCUGAGGAGCGGCUCUGACACAAGGCAGAUUACUAGUCAUCUGCCUGGGGCCCAUCACCCUGGGAGUAGUCACCUGUGCCAGCACUGGGCCAUAGCUCUUCUCCCUCCAGGGCCAGUCUGUUCCCUCUCAGAACGUGGCUAGGGGAAGGGAGACAAGGCAAGACGUCAGGAAACACCAAGGCAAACCGACGCAUUCUGGAAACGAUCCCCACGCCUCCUCCUCUGAAAGGACGGUCAGGAGCCUGUGUCACCGUCCCUCCCAGCAAACUCCUCAUUCUAUCAUGGCACUUCCCUGCUUGGGGAAGCAUGAAACUUUCCGGAGUCAGGAUCCCUAUGAGCUCCAGAGGUUUGUGGAAGCCAAAGCAGCAUCAGUCACAGAAAAUAACAUGUUGGGGCUGGAAAAACUCUUAAAAAUCUGGUAACCAUCACCUCAUUCUAGCCAGGAAAAAGAGGAAUUUCAGAAGGGGAGUAUGCAGAGCAGCAGAGAACAGCAAAGCUGACCUGGAUCCCUGAGCCGCCUCCCCCCUCCCACCUGGACCAGAGUUGGGACCACUUGGUGACAGCUGGAGCAGGUGCCAACGCAGCAAUCUCUCCGAGCAUGUGACCUCCACUGCUGAUUUCUACCCAGAGGACACGAGCAUAUGAGUUCCCAAAGAAUGUAAAGCAGCCACAGGAAGUUAGGAAGGGGUUGCUAGUUUAAAACAAACACAGGGCUUCCUACAUAAGGACCAGACAGCUACCGGGCACCACUUCCACCAGGAACCCCAGGUAGGUACUCUCUCUCUACUCUUCGUGUGUGGGUUUAUGGGUUUAAUUUACUGUGACUGCUGGCCAUUCACAGGCCCAACUGAACAAAGGGGAGGCUGCACAACGUGGGGCGGCUGGAGCCCCCCAAGCCCCCGUAUCCCCCGGGGACCCUGCUGGCCCAGCUUCAUGAUCCUUCAUUAAGAAAUUCAGCACAAGCUCCCUGGGGCCCAGGACAAACAUGGGGAGUCUCACUGCUCAACAGCCUGGGAAUAGAGGGCACACAUCCUUUAAUUCGCUUCUACCUGGGGCAGUGAACAGAGGGAGCCCCUCUCUCAGGGGUAGGAAGAGCUUCUCUACUCUGCAGUGACAUCCCAGGGCCAAGUCCCCUCACCAGAUCUGGGGUACAGGGAGACAGGGGAGGGCCCACUGCCUGGAGACCAUCUGUCCUCCAGGCCCACCUGACACCAUGCCCUCCCCGGGGACCGUGUGCAGCCUGCUGCUCUUCAGCGUGCUGUGGGCAGACUUGGCCAUGGCAGGCUCCAGCUUCCUGAGCCCCGAACACCAGAAAGUACAGCAGAGAAAGGAAUCCAAGAAGCCACCAGCCAAACUGCAGCCCCGAGCUCUAGAAGGCUUGAUCCACCCAGAAGACACAAGUCAAGUGGAAGGGGCAGAGGAUGAACUAGAAAUCCGGUUCAACGCCCCUUUUGAUGUUGGAAUCAAGCUGUCAGGGGCUCAGUACCACCAGCAUGGCCAGGCGCUGGGGAAGUUUCUUCAGGACGUCCUUUGGGAAGAGGCCGAUGGUAAGUCAUUGCCCCAGUCAGGUCACUUCAGUCUCCAUGGAGUCCCAAAUGGAGCUCAGCCUAUGGGUGACACAAGAGAAGUUUUCUUCCCCUACCACUGCCUCACAAAGAGCUUCUAAUUCUUCCUUCCCAAAUGUCUGCAGGAGAGCAGACUGGGCUGGGAUUUCCAAGUGGCUCAGAAGAGAGGUGAACACAGUCUUUGUAUUUCAAGAGCACGCUCGCUAUGUUCCAAGAACUAGCACACUAACUUUGGGGCCCAGGGAACCCCAAUAUCCUAACCAUAAAAUGCAGCUAACACUCACUGUGAGUGCAUAAAAUUAUACCUUUAUUAUAUAACUUCACCUCGUGAACAAAAGGAAUUAGUGCUAUCAUCAGAAUAGGCUCUUCUGCAGCCAGUGAAGCAGAUUUCUUGCUUUUGUUCUGAAUCCCUUCUUGGCUUAUAAAAACAAACCAUUCAAUUUGUUCCUGGUCACGGGGGCCAACACCUGUCUUUGGAAGCACAUUACAACCUGCAAAGCACUUCCCUAACUAACACGGUGUUACCCUGUACGCCCACCAACCACAUGAGGUAGGCAGGGAGCAUGGCACUUACCUGGGGGGUGCAGAGAAGGAAACCGAGGCUCGGCUUUUAGGUGACAAGAUCAACUCACACAGUCCACACGCCAAGGCCAAUGCCUCCUCCCCGCAUUACAACACACUACCUCCGACAUCGCCAUUGUGGAAGAAAAGCCGUCUAUGAUGGCACUGGCAGGACAGUGGACACUGAAUUUUGACCUCUUCCUUUUCAGAGGUCCUGGCAGAUGAGUGAUCAUCCACUAGAACGACCCACUUGCUUUCCUCCCAACCUGACAGCACCCACCUGGCUUUUAAACUGUUUCUGCAACAACACCCAGUUCUGAGUGGUACUAGCUUAAGAGGUGAAUAAACAUUCAUGCUGUA